AUGAUGUUUACGUACUCGGAAAGCUAUGAAGACACCCCGGUGCUAAUCCCGUACCUCCGCCGGAAGGGGAUUCGGACCGACACAACAAAGUCUUUGAUUGGACCGCAAGACAUUUACAACCUCCAGGGCCAAGAAGGGAACUUGCGUUUGGGUUACUAUGAGGGCGAGGAUGAAGAGGAAGUCUAUAUGCCUUUCCAUUGGAGAACCUUCAGAUUUUUGAGACUUUGCAUCUGGGCGGGCUCUUCUGGCCUGACGUUACGUGGAAUUGAUAUUGAGACGGUCCAUUAUCCUUUCGAGGCUCUGUACGAUACAAGUAUACGAACACUGCAAAACUUCAUGCACGACUGCUAUGAGGAUUGUCCAUUCUACGAACAACUUCAGUACGCUAUGGAUACACGGAGUUCGUGUCUGUUCACAUACUAUAUUUCUGGUGAUGAUCGUCUGGCCAGACAGGCGAUAACACAGCUCCACAACCCUUUUCAACCUCGCAUCGGACUUACAGCAAGCCGAGCCCCUUCAAGCCAACUCCUUCCGAGGAGGCCAAGUCAUUGA